AUGGGCCAGUACACCGCGACCUCAACUUACCGGGGUGGAGAUGCAAACGGGAAUCAUAGAGACGAAGGAACGCGCGCUCUGAUGAGCAACGUGCUGCUGACGUGCGAGGUGCACGAUGGCAAGAAGAAGCGGGCACGGAUUUCCGCGCUGACUAGUGCAGUGGCUUGGCUCCGGGUGACCCAAGCUGCCGCUUUUGAUAACACACUAGUGGUCAUCCCGGUAGCCACCUUUUAUAACACACUAGAGGUGACCCCGGCAAUCGCCUUUGAUAACACACUAGAGGAGACGCAGGCAACCGCCUUUGACAGCACACUAGAGGUGACCCAGGUAGCCCCUUUUGACAACACACUAAAAGUAACCCAGGCAGACGCCUUUGAUAACACACUAAAGGUGACACAGACAGCCGCCUUUGAUAACAUACUUGAGGUGACGCAGGCAACCGCGUUUGAUAACACACUAUUGGUGAGCCAGGUUGCCGCCUUUGAUAACACUCUAGAGGUGACCCCGGUAGCCGCCUUUUAUAACACACUAGAGCUGACCCCGGCAAUCGCCUUUGUUAACACACUAGAGGAGACGCAGGCAACCGCCUUUGAUAGCAUAGUAGAGGUGACCCAGGCAACCGCUUUUGAUAGCAUGCUAAAGAUGAGCCAGGAAGCCGCCUUUGAUAUCACACUAAAGGUGACCUCGGCAGCCGUGUUUGAUAACAAGCUAAAGGCAGCCGCCAUUGAUGACACACUAAAAGUGACCCAGGCAGCCUCUUUUGGUCGAACACUAAAAGUGACCCAGGCAUCCGCCUUUGGUAGCACACUAAGAGUGACCAAGGCAGCCGCCUAUGCCGCCGCCUUUGAGAACACAAUAAAAGGGACCCAGACAGCCGCCUCUGACAAUACACUAAAAGUGACCCAGACAGCCGCCUAUGAUAACACACUAAAAGUGACCCAGGCAGCCGCCUUUGGUAACACACUAAAGCUGACCCAGGCAGCCGCCUUUGAUUACACACUAAAGGUGACCCAGGCAGCUGCCUUUGAUAACACACUAAACGUGACUCAGGCAGCCCUCUUUGAUAACACACUAAAGGUGACCCAGGCAGCCGCCUUUGAUAACACAGUAAAAGGGGCCCAGAUAGCCGCCUUUGAUAAUACACUAAAACUGUCCCAGGUUGCCGCCUUUGAUAACACACGUAAUGUGACCCAGGCAGCCACUUUUCAUAACACACUAAAAGUGAACGAGGCAGCCACCUUUCAUAACACACUAAAAGUGACCCAGUUAGCUGCCUUCGAUAACACAAUAAAGGUGACCCAGGCCACCGCCUUUAAUAACAUACUAAAGGUGACCCAGGGAGCUGCCUUUCGUAACACACUAAUAGUGACCCAGGCAGCCGCCUUUGGUAACACACUGAAAGUGACACAGUCAGCUGCCUUUGAUAGCACGCUAAAAGUGACCCAGGUAGCCGCAUUUGAUAACACGCUAAAAGUGACCCACGCAGCCGCCUUUGAUAACACUCUAAAAGUGACCCGAGCAGUCGCUUUUAAUAGCACACUAAAGGUGACACAGGGUGCCGCAUUUGAUAACACACUAAAGGAAACCCAGGCAGCCGCCUUUGAUAACACAGUAAAGGUGACCCAGGCAGCCACGUUUGAUAACACAUUAAAGGUAACCAAGGCAGCCGCCAUUGAUAACACACUUAAGGUGACCCAGCUGCCGCCUUUGGAAACACACUAA